CCUUCCGGAAGUUGAUCAAUCCGCUUCCCCUCAUAAAGAAAAUGGACAAAAGUUAAUCAAAAACUUUUCUUACAAUCUGAACUCGUUCAUAUCUUGAAAUAAGUCUUUUAUUUGUGUGUGUGUGUUUUUGACCGUUCUUAUCAUAGACAAAGUGUCGUCCCCCGGUGUCCAGACGUUAGUGUUGUAUUUGACAGCUUGAGACGGACGGAGGGUGAAACCGGAGGGUCAGAAACAGCGGUUCAUUACCGGGAGGGAAGCUUCGACCGGAGGCAUCACGUCCACUUUGUUCCGUUCAGAACCAACCGAGGGAGAAAAACACCGUCUCCCUGUAACUUAACUAGUGGUUAGAUAGUUGUUUAACUAGUUGUUUAGCUAGUUACUGUAGCUCAAUCUCCCGGUAAAGGUUUUACGGCGGAUGGGAUGAAAGCACGACUACAAAGAUUCAAUUUAUUCAAUGUCAAGACGGAGACCAAAGCUGUCCCUGAGAUCAUCAGUACGCUGCGUCAGGCCGGGAAGAGCUCGGCGCGCAACGAUGACCUCGCAGUGCCCAAACCCGCCGCCUCUUCCUCAGAAGACUGUACUCCGUCCGCGUCGUCGGCCUUCGGCGCGGCCACCAUGUUCGCCAAGAGGUUUGAGGUUCUGUUCUGUGGAAGAGUGACCGUCGCUCACAAGAAAGCCCCGCCCGCUUUGAUUGACGAGUGCAUCGAGAAAUUCAGCCAAUCCGUAGGGGCCGGGGGUGAUCCUAAACCAGAUAGCGGCGGUGGAUUGGUGGACGGGUUGCGGAGAGGUCUGGCCUUACCAACGCUAACGCGAAAUGGAGGAACGGGGGAUGGAGAGGUCAGGGGAGGAGGAUACGGUGCCUCUAGUGGUGGGAGGCCGGUGGUGUUCAAACCAGACCCCAGUUUCCCCUGCCUCCGGGCCCUGGAUGAGAACGGACUGUCACCUGAACUACACACACACACCGCUGGGGUCCAGCCCACCAGUCUACAGGAGAACAGGACCAUGCUGUUCAUGGUGGGUCGGUCUCAGAUCUUCCUGGUCAGUCCAGACACUAAGAAGGUUGCCAUAGAGAAGAGCUUCAGAGAAAUAUCUUUCUGCUCACAGGGUAUUCAUCAUGUGGAUCACUUUGGGUUCAUCUGUAGAGAGACAGUAGAAGGAGGGAGCUGUACGUUCGUCUGCUAUGUCUUCCAGUGUACUGAUGAAUCCCUGGUGGAUGAGAUCAUGUUGACUUUAAAGCAGGCGUUCUCUGUGGCCGCCCUGCAGCAGAGUGUAAGGACCAGGAGCCAGCAGUGUGACAGUUGCCCCAUGCAGCAGCUGCACAGGCUGUGUGAGAGGAUAGAAGGUCUCCUCCCGUCUAAAGCCAAGCUGGAGUUUCAGAAACAUCUGGCCACACUGGACAACCAGGAACAAGCUGCUGUGUUCGAGAGCACUGUGAGGGCCAGUCCUAAGAGUGACCAGGAGGAGAAUGAGCUGCUGAUGGGGUCUUUGAGGAGUCUCUAUGAACAGAAACAGAGGAGUCAUCAACACACAGAUAACAGACCGGUACCAGAGGCUCCAGCCCCAGUAGAGGUCCAGUCCAGUAGCAGACAGAGAUUAGAGCAGUUUAAAACCAGAGCUAAACGCUCCCUCACAGAGUCACUGGAGGGCAUCUGGAAGGGAAGUAGCAAAGCCAGGGCUCAGAGAGAGAACAGUGAAGGAAACAUCAGUUCAUCUGACUCUACACUGAACUCUACUGAACAGUACCCCUCCCUAGAAGACCCCCUCCCCUCCUCCAAUCCUCUGCGCUCUCACAACUCUACAGGGGACCUGAAACAUCUGGACACCUCUCCUCUCUCCGUCUCUCCUUCCUUCUCAUCCCUGUCUCUGUCCUCCUGGGACGCACGGUCCCAGCCGCAUGGCUUCAGGCGGAGAGCCAGCACCUUCAGCCACUCCCCUUCCUACCACGAUCACGCCCCUUCCUACCCUGACCACACCCCCUCGUAUACACACACACCCCAGGUACCCAGCGGCUCCACCAAGCCCAAACUGGUCCGGCACUACUCCGUCAGCACCGACACUCCGCACCAGAGCAAACGACUCCAGGCGGACCCUACUCUUCCUUUCCUCUCCUUCCCCUCUCCUCUUCUCUCUCCUCGACCCUCAUCCCCCUCUCUCGGGGGUCGCCUGGCCAAACGAAGUCCUCUGGGAGGUCUGCGCGCUCGUCUCCGCUCCUCCUCCUCUGUUCCCAACUUCCUCAAACUCCUCGCUCCUGUCCACGAGAGCCACCCCUGUGACUUAGACAAGAGGAGUGACGUAGCAGCCCUGUCCAGUCCGGUAGCAGUGUGU